CGGGCCAACAGGUUCACGCCUCCCGCCUUCAUCCGGCCCAAGAGGGAGCUGCGCGAUGAUGAGCCCCCCGACAUCAGCCUGCAGAGGGAGCAGGUCCAGAAUGACGAGAUGUGUGAGAUCUGUGAGGUGUGGACAGCCGAGAGCCUCUUUCCAUGUCGUGUCUGCAGCCGGGUGUACCACGACGGCUGCCUGCGCCGCAUGGGCUACCUGCAGAACGACAGCGCCGUGGAGGUGACCGAGACAGCGCACACCGAGACGGGCUGGAGCUGCUACUACUGCGACAACCUCAACCUGCUGCUGACGGAUGAAGAGAUGUACAGCCUGAUGGAGACCAUGAAGCAGUGCAAGAUCAUUCCAGAGACCUCCCUGUCCCUGGAUGACUUCCUGCACUACAAGCACCUGGUGCACAAGCAGCAGUUUGAGCAGCCCAUGGCCGAGGCACAGGAGGAGCAGGCAACCCUGCAGUUCUCUGCCCUGGACCCUGACAAGAAGGGGCACGUUGAGUGGCACGACUUUCUCUCCCACGA